UCCCUCGGGCCCGCUCCCGCCGCCGCCCUGCCCCGGGCCCGGCUGCCCUGCGCCUGCAUCGCCCGCGCAGAGCGGCUCGGCAGGGCGGGCGGGCAGGAGGGAGGCAGGGAGGGAAGGAGGGAGGGAAGGAGGGAAGGAGGAUGCAGCGGGCCGCGCUCUUCCGCGGCGGCGAUGCGCAGAUGGCCGCCGGGGACCUGGGCGAGCUGCUCGUCCCCUACAUGCCCACGAUCCGGGUGCCCAAGUCAGGGGACCGGGUCUACAAGACGGAGUGUGCCUUCUCCUACGACUCGCCCGAUUCAGAAGGAGGUCUCUACGUGUGCAUGAACACAUUUCUGGGAUUUGGAAGGGAACACAUUGAAAGGCAUUACCGGAAAACAGGACAGUGUGUAUAUUUGCAUCUGAAACGCCAUGUGACAGAGAAGGUACCAGGAGCAUCUGGUGGAGCUUUACCAAAAAGGAGGAAUGCUAAGCUAUUUUUAGAUCUAGAGACAAACAGUGAUCUCAACAGUGAGGACUUUGAAUAUGAAGAUGAAGCAAAACUUGUCAUAUUUCCUGAUCACUAUGAAAUCUCAUUACCCAAUAUAGAAGAGUUACCAGCACUGGUGACGAUAGCUUGUGACGCGCUCCUCAGUGCAAAAUCACCCUACAGGAAGCAGGAACCCGACUCCUGGGAAGAAGAGCUACAGGCAUCUAAACACGCCAAAACACUUGUACAGUUAGACAAUGGUGUUAGGAUUCCCCCCAGUGGUUGGAAGUGCUCAAAGUGUGACCUGCGGGAGAAUCUGUGGCUGAACCUGACAGACGGUUCCGUGCUGUGCGGGAGGUGGUUCUUCGAUGGCAGUGGGGGCAACGGGCAUGCCCUGGAGCACUACAAGGAGACGGGUUAUCCCCUGGCAGUGAAGUUGGGAACCAUCACUCCUGAUGGAGCAGAUGUCUAUUCCUUUGAUGAAGAGGAGCCGGUUUUAGACCCGCACAUAGCAAAGCAUUUGGCGCACUUUGGGAUUGAUAUGCUGCAGAUGCAAGUGACAGAGAACGGGCUGAGAGAUAAUGAUAUAAAGCCAAGAGUCUCAGAAUGGGAAGUGAUUCAGGAAGCUGGCGUGAAACUCAAGCCCAUGUAUGGCCCAGGAUACACUGGCAUAAAGAACCUGGGAAAUAGCUGCUACCUCAAUGCUGUCAUGCAAGCCAUUUUCAGCAUCCCAGAGUUCCAGCGAGCGUAUGUGGGAAAUCUCCCACGAAUAUUUGACUACUCUCCUCUUGAUCCAACACAAGAUUUCAACACUCAGAUGGCUAAGUUGGGACACGGCCUCCUUUCAGGCCAAUACUCUAAGCCACCCAUGAAAUCUGAGCUUAUUGAGCAGGUGAUGAAAGAAGAACACAAGCCUCAACGCAAUGGAAUAUCUCCCAGAAUGUUUAAGGCUUUUAUAAGUAAAGGCCACCCAGAAUUUUCCUCUAAUCGACAACAAGAUGCACAGGAAUUUUUCCUACAUCUUAUAAAUCUAGUAGAGAGGAACCCUGUGGGUUCAGAAAACCCGAGUGAUGUGUUCCGGUUCGUGGUGGAGGAGCGCACGCAGUGCUGCCAGUCCAGAAAGGUCCGCUACACUGAGAGGGUGGACUACAUCAUGCAGUUACCUGUUGCCAUGGAGGCAGCAACAAACAAAGAUGAAUUAAUUGCCUAUGAAUUGAAGAGGCGAGAAGCAGAAGCUGCAAGGAGACCUCCACCAGAACUUGUCCGUGCCAAGAUCCCAUUCAGUGCAUGUCUGCAGGCCUUUUCUGAACCCAGCAAUGUAGAGGAUUUCUGGAGCAGUGCCCUUCAAGCAAAAUCUGCAGGAGUUAAGACCUCCCGUUUUGCUUCAUUUCCUGAGUACUUAGUGGUGCAGAUAAAGAAAUUCACCUUUGGCCUUGAUUGGAUACCCAAAAAGCUUGAUGUUUCUAUAGACAUGCCAGAUUUCCUGGAUAUCAGCCACCUUCGGGCCAGGGGGCUCCAGCCAGGAGAAGAGGAACUUCCAGACAUUGCUCCUCCCAUUGUCAUUCCCGAUGACCCAAAAGAUCGUAUGACGAACCAUUUCAUGGAGUCCCUAGAUAUUGAUGAGUCUUCAGUCAUGCAGCUGGCAGAGAUGGGCUUUCCUUUGGAAGCGUGUCGGAAAGCUGUGUACUAUACAGGCAACCUGGGUGCUGAAGUUGCUUUCAACUGGAUCAUUGCACACAUGGAAGAACCAGACUUUGCUGAGCCUCUGGCCAUACCUGCCUUUGGAGAAGUUGCUUCCAGUGGGGCAGCAGCAUUGGGAGCUGUAGGGUUAGAUAACCAGCCUCCUGAAGAGAUGGUUGCAAUUAUAAUUUCCAUGGGAUUCCAAAGGAAUCUAGCAAUUCAAGCGCUGAAGGCAACAAACAGUAACCUGGAGCGUGCACUGGAAUGGAUCUUCAGCCACCCUGACCUUGAGGAAGAAAGUGAGCCUGCCUUGGACACGAUGGAUAUGGAGAACAGUGCUAAUGCCAAUAUCCUUGCAGACACAGGGUCAGAGGGACCCAGGAUCAAAGAUGGGCCUGGAAGAUACGAGCUGUUCGGGUUCAUCAGCCACAUGGGAACAUCCACCAUGAGUGGCCACUAUGUUUGUCAUCUCAAAAAGGAAGGAAGAUGGGUGAUCUACAACGACCUCAGAGUCUGUGCCUCAGAAAGACCUCCCAAAGACCUGGGCUACAUUUAUUUUUACCACAGGAUACCAAGUUAGACCUCAAGUCUAUUCUCUGGCCUUAAAAAGCCAUAAGCCUUUUUAACCUGCCCAAAAAAGCGUACAAUAAAAAAGAAAAUCUAAACCCAACAAAAAGACCCCUAACCCUUGGACUGCCAAAAAGCAAAAGAAAACAUGGGAUGUUUAUAGUGUAUUUAAAAAACAGUCGUUUGAUGCCGCCUUAAAUGUCAGACGGGAAAUUUCUAUUAGGUGCUGUAUAGUACAUUGUUUUAAAUUUAUACACCUUAAAGGCCAUGCAGAUUACUGGUGGAGUUUGCAGCCAGUGUGUGGAGAAAGUGGAAGCUUCAGUGUUGAACAAAAAUAGCCUAGUUCAGCCCAGCUCCUGCCUGUCCUGUCCAUACCUUCGUUGAAAACCAGGAACAAACACUGGUGUCUUUGGUAACUGGAAGCCAGUGUUUCCAACCAGAGUCCAGGCCACGUAGGGAAAUCACACAGAAAUUGGAGGGAGAGGGUGUGUGACUGUUCUUCAAAGCAGAUUGUCUUGUUUCAGAGGUUAUUUUCAGUGCAGUGAGAAAAGUCAACUGAAGUUAUGUCUGUUGAAAUUCAGUGGUAUACUGUUUUGAUUUGCCUUUUUGAUGCAUAAGCCUAAGAACCUAAUGGAGAUAAAAGCAAUCUCCUGUCAGUGCCCGGUACAUUUUCUGCCAAAGAGAAAUAGUAGAUUUUAUUCUUGCAGACAGAGGUUUCUUCAUCUUCUCUUGAAUGUUCAUUUUGCAAGUCCUUCCAACAGAUACAGGAUUAAAGAUGGCUAAAAGAAGCAGAGUUUCUGACUAUGAAAUUAAAGGCAUACCCUCAGGAAAGGCAGGGCUAUUAUUUAAAUUUGGGUUUCAUAUGGAGGAGGUAAGGAAGGGUUUAAUGUCCUGUUAUAUUUAUGCCAAGGAAACCUGCAUCUAGACAACUCAUAUUCCAGCUGAAAUCAACUCCCUGACGAAGUAUUCCCAGUGAAAAUCUGCUUUCUGCUAAGGAUUGUUUAAAUAUUGAGUUUCCUCUGUGAGCGGGGGAAAUUGCGUAGUAAAAUUGCUGAUUUAUUGAUUUUCCCCUCUCUGUCCCCCUUAAAAAACCUGAACAACAAAACCCAACAAGAACAAAAAACCUUGAAUUGAUAUUUCAGCUUUCUUAAAACAGGCAAACACACCAAUAACCUGAUCUCUUCAACAGACACCUUCUGAAAGGGGUUUGAUGUCUCUGGCAGGGUUGAAGGGGUGGAUAGGCAGGGGCUGGCCUUUCCUGUCUGUUUUUGGUUUUUUUGGUGUUAUUUCAGUUUGUUUCACAAUGAAGAAUAUAUAUGGGGGCUUUUAAAUUAUAUUUGAACACGCUAAUUCUAGAAAAAUUACAAUGGUGAGUGUGAAACCUUUCAUGAUUCCAAAAAAUACCCCCAAAGGUUCAACAGUGUUGGCCACUGCUUAGAGACUGUUGCUGGACUUGCCUUGUACAAUGUUACUGAGCCCUCAAAAUAAAUUGCAACAGUCAAAAAACCCUCUUCCAUACAAGAGUGGAGGAGAGCCAAGGAAAUUACAUUUCCUCUGCAGUCAGUUCCUGCAAGUUUAGUAGCAAAAAUUCAGGCAGCUACGCACUACAGAGGAGAACCCAAAUUAAACAUCUGGUUACGAGUAGGGUAUUUUAUUUUCUUCCCAGUGUUUGGGGGGAAAAUAGUUGUCCCUCUGAUCAUAAAGCUUCAUGCAGAGCCAAAAAACACUGUUGUUUUUUUAAUCAGCUUUUGAUCUUAAAAGAUUUGGAGAGAAAUUCCAGUGCAAUAAUUCUGUACAGUGUAAAGGUGCCUAAUUGCUGGGAAAGCUCCCAGCACUUAGUGCUCUUAUUGACACAGAACUGUGGUGUCCUAGCAUAUUAAUAAGUGUCCCCUGUGAGAUUCAGCUGCCUUGUAAUUAUUGAGGCACCGGUCCUGGAUGAAAUAAAAGCUGCCAGUAAAUUUUUUUCCUUCCUCCAGGUUUUAGAUAGUUGUGUACUUCACCAGAAAAUGGCAGAUUUGAAAAUGGGAUCAGCAAAUUAUGCAGUGAUACAUCAUCUAUUUUAAGUGAAAGAGCAAAACUUCCAUAUAUCCACGUGUUUUUUCAUUCUGGCAGCAGAAAAAGGAGAAAAGGCCUUUUUAUUUCCCCCCUUUUUUUCUUUUUAAAAAUUUUUUUGUUGUUGUUUCUUUGUUUGUUUGUUUUUUAAUUCACAGUUAUAUUCCAAGGAAGUUUGGCACAACAGCUUCCCUCUUGCCUCAUGAACUUAAAGGGCUAUUUAUAAACUAAUAAGAUCUGGUGGCCACUGCCUUUUUAUUUAGAAACGUUGGGUAAAUAAAGGCCAACAGAGUAAUUCCCAUGUUCAUUAUUAAACUGGAAGCAUGGCUGGUCUUGUAGGAUCAAGGAUGGAGCUUGGACUGUUGCAAACUAUUUGUCUGGUGCAUCCUAAAACUGUAAUGGCCGUGGGACUGCCUGAUGUCACAAGGCACACUUGGAAGGCUGGCAGGAGAUAAUACUGGAAAUAGUAACUGAAAGAGGACAGCCCUUGGCUGGCUUGGUAAGGGAACUGUAGCAGCUCAGCUCCUGAAAGUUCUUUUCAGUUCAUGGCUCGUGUUCUGCCUGCCCAAAACCACCAAGCUGGUCAGGAGUGCAGGGAGCAGUUUAGGGGAAGUGCUUACAGGACUUCUGAAAUUUAGCAGUCAGAAAUAGCAGUUAGAAAUUCUUCAGUCAGCUGUUUGAGGCAUUAUUUUAUUUUCUUCCAAAGCAGUGGCAUCCUUUCUUUUUCAGAUUGCUGGUUGCCUCCCUUUUGUGGUGGGAUAUGUGUGAAGAACAUCUUGAAUCUGGAGGAGCAGGAUGUAAACUCCUGACUCUUCAGCCUAAUGUGGGGGAGAAGUUUGUUUUGGUGUUUUUGGUUUGUUUUGUGUUUUGUUUGUUUGUUAUUAUUUUUAAACUUUAACAGGCAGAAACCACACUCAAACAGGCUGUACUGAAUAGAUGACUAAUUCAUCAGGCUUUGCCUGCUAAAAUUUAGAUGUGCUGAGUUGUGCUGGGCCAGGCCUCAGUACACAACCUGGGCACACUCCCUGAGUCUGGGUGCUGGAAGAGCUGCUGGGGAGUUCAGUGUGCUGAGGGCUUCUUGCCAAAAAGGGAUGGAGGAAGAAAAAUCACUGUGAGCUGUUUGAGACAAUCUAACCUGAGAAUUAUGGCAAGCCAAGACUUGGCAGUGAAUAAUUCUCUUGUUCUCAGACUGAUUUCUACUUCUAUGUAUGAUACAUUUAGGUUAGGAAAUUGGAAGGAAAUAAAACUCAACAACUUCUACUUGUUUAGAAUAAAAAAUAAUUUAUUCAGAGCUGUGUAGAUGUUUCUGAACUCCCAUCACUUGAAACUCUACUGGGUUCAGUGGCAUUAUCUGUGACUCACUUUGGUGGAACUGAAACCAGCCUCAGACCAGUUCUUUGAUUCAGGCAGCCUCCUCUGGGUCACAGAACACAUUUGGAAUAUGGAUGCAACCAGAGCUCAUUAGAUUGCUUUAAAAGCCUCUCCAAUUCAUUCCUUUUGUUCUCCAUCCUGGCAGCAGCCAUUUUUAUCCUCUUUGCUGUUUUCAUGCAUUGAAUGACUAUGCAAAAUAUGUAACUGGACAUUUUAUUGUUUUCCCCAUCACCCUUCCUACCUUAAUGGCUGAGAUCAGUGUCUGAUUUCUACUCACUCUUCAGUGGUUUUACUGUUGUAUCCUGGAAUUGUCUGUCCUGGUUUACUUUGCACCACUCGGAGUUGUUUGCUUGAAGCACUGUUAACUUUUUGGAGAGUAUUUGUCCAAGAUGAGAAAGGUUGUAAAUGACAUUGUUGCAACUGUUUUAAAUUAAAAAGAAGUAUUCUCACAUCUGGUGACUGUGUGGAUUCUUGCUUCUUUCUUUCCUGUUUGAACUGCAGGGGAAUUGACUGAAUGUGUUUUGAUUCUCUCUCUUUUCUUAUUCUCUGUGGUCUCUCUUGGUGUUUUACUUAAAAAAAAAGAACCUGCAGAGGGAACAGAGAGGUUUGUGAGAGUCUUGAUUUUCUGUGACUUCUGGCAUUUUGUGGAUUGAAAAAAAGAAAUCCCCAAGCCUUGAGUAGAUAUAAACAAAGGAAAAAGUAGAAAAUAGGAUUUAAGACAAGAUUGAUUUUUUGUUUUUAACUUUUAAGCCAGUUGAUGUUCUUUGAUCACAAGAGUUGGCGAUGUUUGUGUGGAAUAGUGUUGUCAUUUCACCCCAAAUUCCUGCUUUAUCAUGGUCUAUAAUUUCUCAUACUCACUUAGAAAUUUCAUCUGCUGUUCAGCAAAGGAGAAGUCUGUUUUCCUCAUGUGUAAGGACUUUACAUAGCAAUGUGACCACUGGGAGUCAGGUAGGUGCAAGAACAGGCCAAGAAAGAAGACUGAGGAUGACAAGCAUUUCUACUUUUUAUAGGAUCAUGGAACCAGGAACCGGAGGAGAGGUAAGAGGUAAAUCUGCUGGGCUCUGAGUGACACUUCCUGAUGUGGAAAUGGAGGGCAUGUGACAUGUAGAAUGAUAAGAAAUGUAGAGUUGGUUCAGCUUCUGAAAUCCAAAUUUAAUGAUCUGUUUUGGUCUCUUUUCUAUGACAGAUGUCCUUUGUGACGAUGGCAAGCCACACCACACCGUUCACACCACUUGUAGCAGCUGGCAGAGGUGGGAGAGCGGCUCCUUGUGCAAGCUAAAGGCUGAAUUCUUCAUCCAAGAAUUCCCUGUGUAGGAUCUGUACUUGCUAGCUUUUUGCAGACUGUUUGUGGGAGGUGCUAUAACUCACAAGUUACCACACUCUUCUCCCCCUCACUGAAGCAGGAAGUAACUCCUCUGUCCCUCAGGUGUACUACAAGCUUAACAUGAAUAAGGGAGGCACUGACAGCUGUGGUGGAAGACAAAUGCCAUAAAAUUAUUGAAGACAGAUACUGCAUGACUGACAGCUGGUGAGGAGUGGGCGACUGUGUUUUCAGAUGUCUUCACCAGUAUCCUUCCCUCAUUUUUUGAGCAGCUUUUUAUGUGUAUUUGGUACUAAUGCUUUUCUCCCAACCACUGUCUUUUGCUUCAGGAUGACAGUGCUGUGUUCCUGGUCUGGGUUUCUUACCGAGCACGAAAUUCAUGGAUGUUCCUGUUGAUACAUUUGAGCUGCUUUGUUGGUACAUUUGAGCAGUAAGAACUAAACUAACCUUUGUAUCUCCUGGCAAAACACCCCAGUGUCAAGAGCCCACAACUACUUUCAUCCCAAGGGAUAGUGUGUUUUUAAUGUCCUGUCACAACUCCCUUAGCUGUCCACAGCCCCCAGCUUUUCUGUCCACAUCAUCAUGCAGGAAUUUUUGUCCCUCAUGUCUGGGAUUGUGUUGGUGUUUCAUAGCAAAAGCAUAGAGUAGGAAUGACAUUAUCCUUAUCAGCUCCUUUGCCUCCUCCUGUGAAAGCCAAAACUGAAAAAUGCCAAUAGCAAACUCCUACUCUGGUGUUUGGGAAAUUGCUUGAGUAGUGAUUUCAGUCACUGAAAGUUUUUGUUGUUGUUUUUGUUUGUUUGGUUUGUUUGUUUUUAUUUGGUUUUGUUUUGUUUGUUUUGGGUUUGGGUUUUUUGUUUUUGUUUUGGUUUUGGUUUUGUUCUGGGGUUUUGUUUUGUUUGUUUGUUUGUUUUCAUAAAGAUUGUUUUGUGAUAUUACUCCUUCUGGUUUAAUUGUUGCAUGGUCUUCAGGAAAAAUUUAAAUCUACUUUUUCCCCCUUUUCCUCAUGUGGACUGUUUGCACAAAAUCUUUUGGGCCAGGCCUCAGAUGAUAUAAAUUCCAGCUGUAAGUAUAAUAGAUCAACAUGUUGAAAUAAAAAUAAAUUCUAAAAAUAACUCUGCCUCAGAGUAGCAAUGAAUUUAUGAAAAAUGAGAAUAAAAGCAUCUUCUGGGCUUAAUUUUUAAGCAGAGAAGCAAACAAUAGGAUAGAAGAUCUCAUUGAAAAAAUCCUUUCUUUCAGUUGGAGAUGUAGAUUCCUCCUUUCAGUUCAUGUAAUUGUAGUCAAGACCAUUCUCAAAUUGAAAAGAGAUUUUGAAAUAUUUGAAGCCACAGACAAAGUUUAUUUUUAAAACAUAUUUAAAAAUCGCACAGUUAUAAAUACAGGUAAAUAAAUACAAUUUAAUAUGUGGAAAAGAACCCAAGGAAGGCAUGCUUCCAUUACAGUACAAAAAUACUACAUUAAGUGUGGUGCUCUGCAAAUAGUCAUCUAUGACCUUAAUAAAUUUAACACAUCCAGUAUGCACAUCGUUCUUUUUUUGUUGUUGUUGUCGUUUUGUUUUUGAGGAAACAAAUUAUUUUAAACAGCAGUGCAAGGAAACACCAAAUUAAAGCAU